AUGAUUACGACACCAGGUGGCACUGUCGUCCACGCAUGCGCAUUUGACGAAUGUAACAUACAAUGGAACGAGAAGUUCUAUAUUGUGAUUCAGAAAACUAUCAUAUAUCAAACAAGUGAAGAUUCUGUAGUCUGGUUGGUAUGUACGUCUGAUUCCAACUCUAUCAAUGCAAUCAAAUUUGAGUUCAGUUCUUUUCAGGUUGUUGAAAAUCUGACAACAAAAACGUACAAACCGGAAGUGGCAAUGUCAUUUUAUAAAGAAGAUAUAAGAUUGGAUAGUAGAGCGGAAGUAAAACUUGGAGAUAACAUACAAAUGAUAAUAAGAGUUACAAAUAAUGCUAAUGAUUAUUUUGACAUCAGCGCUAAAUCAUGUUUUGCUUCUGGCAUUACACUUAUAGAAGACAGAUGUCCCGUCAGUGACGAUCUAUUUAAUGUUUUUAAUGCCACUGCCGUCGGAUAUUUGAGCAACACAUUUAGCAUGUUUCGACCUACUAGUAUUUCAGGUGGACCAUAUGAAGUUGUGUUCACGUGUAUAUUGGAGGUGUGUUUGUGGAACUGUGAUGAGUAUGAUUGUUCUUCUGGGGAAACAUCAAGUUCAAGCAUCAGAAGAAAAAAGAGAAAUGCUGAUGUAAGGCCUGCGGAUGGACAAUCCAAUCCUUCUGUCGUCAGAGGCUUCACGUUGACAGCUGUAGCAGAAGGUGAGGAGAUAGAGGUUAAAAAUGAGAAGCCAAGUUCUGAUGAUCUUUGUGUACCAGUAUCAGUUAUAGCAACUUUAGCUGGUAUGUUUGUCUUUGUUGUCGGGUCAAGCAGCGCCAUAACUUCUAUAAGCUACAAUUACUAUUGCAACUAUACGAAAACUAUUCUUGUGAUGAAGAGCAAAAAGAUGGGGACGACAAAAAGGUUUUCACUGAACCUAAAUCAGUGUCUGAAGAACCUAUAGAUGAGCAAAAUGUUUGCAACGUCGCAUUGGAAAAUUCUGAAAUAACUGAAAACGAUGAUGGCCGAAAAGAUAGCGACACGAACCGGAUGCAUACUAGUUGUUGUGAAAUGUCUAAACAGGAUAAAUAUAUGCAGGAACUGAAAGCACAAUUACAGGCUCGAACUGAUAAUCAAAGGCCUUAUAGACGUAAAAGUAUACCGAUUGCUGGAAUAACAUCAUCACCAGAGCAUAAAUCGGUCUCAUACACAUAGGACUGAAUCAUUUAUAUUCCUCGUAAAACUAACAAGUAUAAAGCAAUAUUUUGUCUAGAAUUAUUGUUGUAUUAUUUUUGAAACAGAAUAAUUGUUAAACACCUGUAUGAAAAAAUAUUUUUGUUUAUUUCCUUAAGAACAAAUGAUGCAUGCCAUUGCUAAACGGUUAAAACCCUACUUAAAUUAGCAGCAAACUAUUUUGGUCCUGAACUUUUAUGUACAUUAUUCCUGUGUCAUAAAUGACAGAAACAUUUCUUUUCAGAAUCGAUCAUACGAUUAUGGCAACAACAUAAUUUUUACAAUGUAAGAAAUUUAAUUUAUAGAAGUAUUUCAUUAGAUAUAGCAUUACACAUAGAACAUUUGUUUUGCUUUCAAAAUAGGUGUUUUUACAAACGCCAUGAAAAUAUAAUAUUUAUAUUUUACGAUGAUAUUAACUAAAACAUAUACAUUUGUACAAAGCGUCAAG